CCCUAGCUGCUUCUGUAAUUCUCAUUUUGCUCCGGCAUUCGCAGCUUCCUUCAGCCGCUCCCCCCUCAGCCCUCCAAAGUCCCGCGCUGCAGACUCAAGCUAGCGAAUCAUCAUGGGUCGUGUUCGUACCAAGACCGUGAAGAAGUCCUCCCGUCAAGUCAUCGAGCGUUACUACUCCAAGAUGACGCUGGAUUUCCACACCAACAAGAAGGUCCUCGGCGAGGUGUCCAUCAUCGCAUCCAAGAGGCUCAGGAACAAGAUCGCCGGGUUCUCCACCCAUCUCAUGAAACGGAUCCAGAAGGGCCCGGUUAGGGGUAUCUCGCUCAAGCUUCAAGAGGAGGAGAGAGAGCGCCGCAUGGACUUCGUCCCUGAUGAGUCCGCCAUCAAGACCGACAGGAUUGAGGUUGACAAGGAGACUAUUGAAUUGCUUAGCGUCAUGGGUAUGAGUGAAUUGCCUGGUAUUGUUCUCAAGGAGGAGCAGGCCGUCAUGUCCGCUCCGCCUAUGGCUUUUGGUGGUCGCGGUAGGAGAUAUUAAACGGUGGCGUUUUGAGUUUUGUUUAUUGGGCUUCUCCUCCUAUGUUCCAUCUCAAGUAACUUGUUGUUUUUUAGGCCUUACUUUAUUAUUAUUAUUAAAAGUGGUACCUGGACCUGUUUGGUUUUGUUAUUAUGGAAGUAUUUUAAGUUUUAUCGUUGGAACAAUUUCGAGAAUUUAGGAUAUUUUACUGGGAAUGCUGGAAUUUUUGUUAAGUUUUCUUGUCUCAUUUUACUCCUUUGGUGUGGUGGAUGACCUGAUGUUGCUUCGAUUUUGAGUUUCUUUAUCCGCCAUUAGUUUGUAGCCCCGUUGCUUUUUGUGCGAUUUUUGCUAAUCAUCCAAGGUUAAGAUCAGAUUAUUUGAUUAUUUUGCUGGAUAAAUUAUUGAGAAUUUGGCCUUGAGGUGAGGAGUUAGUUUAGUAAUGAUGUCAUUUGUUGGAAUGGUGUCAAUUUAGUAUUGCAUUUACUCCGAUCCUUGUGUUCUUCUACAGAUUGGUUCCCAUUUAACACAAAUCAAGCUGGUCUAGGCUAGCACUGGUUUUUUAGUUUUUGUUUGUGCUAGUUGUAACUAUUCUAGCUAGGCUUUCCCAGUAUUUGGUUAAUUUAUGCACAAGACAUGACACGGGGCUUUUGUUCCUGUGGAGUAAAUGGCAUAUUAGAAAGUCUUUGUCCAAAUUCCUUCUUGAGUGGAUUAGUACUCAAUCUUGGGGAAUUCUUCCAGGUUCUUCCUUUUUUGCUUAGUAUAUGAAGAAUAGUUUCUGUGGAGUCCGGCACAUUGAAGGUCUUUGUUCAAAUCCGUUCUUGAUUGGAUUAGUUCUCAAUCUUAGGAAAUUCUCCCAUGUUCUUUGUUUAUUGCUUAAUAUGAAGAAUAGAAUGCUUUUGGAUGAGUUCUCGAUCUAAGGGAUUUCUUACAGGUCAUAUAUUUGUGUGAUAAUGGCAGCCUAAUUUUAAGUUUGCAGUCUGCUAUCGACACGAAAACUGGUGCAUAUAUCAUAGAGUGAACUGUUGCUUUUCAUUUCCUU